CCCCGCCCCUCGCGCCCCGGCUCUUCAGGAAGUACAAGACAAACUAUAAACUCGGCUGUACUUUCACUUUUGCCGCUGUGCGUGUAGGACGGAGGACGAGCCGAACUACGGGCUUCAAAGCUUUCCCAGGGAGACAGGUGGGAGCCACAUGGCCAAUGAGGAGAAAGCCGAGCUGGAGGUGCUGCUGACGUGCCCGGUGUGCCGGGACAUCUUCAGGGAGCCCCGGCAGCUGCCCUGCGGUCACUCCAUGUGCAUGGAGUGUCUGGAGGGCAUGAUAGAUCACUCCUCUGACGUCCCCUUCCGCUGCCCGGACUGCAGGGCCUACUUCGGCAAGAUCAUCGGGGUGCAGAAGAGCUUUGCCCUAGCCAGCAUCGCAGAGGACUACAGGGAGAACAAGAAGCAGAGGCAGGCCAAGCAGACAGAGAGCGUGCACUGUGACUACUGUCCGGAGAGGACGAAGCUGGCGGUGAAAACGUGUCUGAAGUGCGAGGUGUCGUUGUGCCAGGAGCAUCUCAAGGACCACUUGGAGCUGGCGGUGUUCACAGGCCACCCCCUGGUCGCACCCCUGGGUGACCUUCAGAAGAGGAAGUGCCCGCAGCAUGAAGACGAGGUGCUGCGGUACUACUGCAACACGUCCAGGCGCUACAUCUGCAACAUCUGUGCGCUGGAGAGCAAGCAGCUGAACGUGGCCGCCGAGGCCUCCAGCAUCCUGGGCAGGAAGCUGACCGAUUACAUGGAGCAGCGUUUCAAAUUCCUUGAACGGAAAAUUGACGAAUCACAGGACUCCAUCAGAAAACUGCAAGACGACAUCCAGCGUGAAAAGCAGAAAGUGAACCCCGGUGACUCGUGCCUCAACAGCGUCACAGUCGUGCUGCUCUGUCUCUGGUUCAUCGUUCUGUAUUACGCAUACAGCUACUCGGUGGAAAACCAGACCCUCACAGAGGCACUGGACAAGCAGGAGACUCGAGUUCACCACAUCUACUCUAGCAUUGCAGAUUUGUUGGUUGGUUAUCCGCCGCUGAAAGACGGGAGAGACGAAGAGACAGAAGAUCCAGGUACUUACACACUGGACCUGGACACUGCCAGCCCCUUUCUGGGAUUCUCCCCUGACCUCCGCUCCGUGGAGAGAGUGAGGCACAAGCUGGACUAUCCCAGCCAGAAGUCCCGCUUCGAUGAAGCCCCUCAGGUCCUCUCCACCAGUUGCUUCACCUCUGGCACCCACAUGUGGCAGGUGGAGGCUGAGGGAUCCUGGGACAUCGCAGUGUCCUACAAGAGCAUCGAACGCAAGGCCAAAGACCAAAGCGUGUUUGGAAAGAACGCCCAGUCCUGGAGCCUGAGCCACGACGACGAGGGCCAGCUGUUCGCCUACCACAACAAAACCCAGGAAGUUCUUCCUGCAGCCUUGCAGGACAACCAAAUUCAGGUCAUUGUUGAUAUCGAUAAAGGCAUCAUUACUUUCGCUACGAUUGGGCGCUUGGGCACAGACGACCUGCAUGAGUUCCAGGCUAAACUGACUGAACCGGUGUGCCUGGGCUUGGGACUGUACCGCGUGGAUCCACCCAGCAAAGCCUCUAUUGUAAAAGUCCACUGAGUCACACUGAUGACAAGCAAACACUGGGCCAAGACUGCACUGAGGCAGCGAGCACCUUCCCAGCCUCAGCAUGAUUAUAGUGCAACGGAAUAAACAUUGGUCCGAAAUGGAGGCAAACAAGUUUUGGAAGGUAGACAGACAGGUCUUUUAGGACUUAGGUCUAAAACCAAAGAACGCAAUAACUGCAACAAAAAUUUGUCUCAGGUGUAUUUUUUUAUUGUAUGUUGGUGUAUGUUCUCCAGUUGCAAUGUUUUGUGCUCAACUUAUGAACAUGAAAGGCACUUAAUAUUAUGAGUGGCUGCAGUUGUACAAAGAUUGUAUCUUGACAAUUAUAAGUGUAAUUUAUGUUUUUUGUUUUGUUUUGUUUUUUUAAUCCUUUCAGAUAUUUUCCUGUUGAAGUAUCUCAUGAAGCAGUGUUGUGUAGCACUAAAACCUGUGUAAGAUCAAAUGUAGGAUGGAUUUUGGAUGAUUUCUAUGAAUGUUCUUAAUCAGAGACAUAUAAACUUUUAUCUCUGAAAUACUGGAAGAACAAAUCCAGGCUGGUAAUUUGUUAUCACAAACAGCUUCACAACGUACAGUCAGCCUUCCUGGAAAAACACCAGGCUGAGUUCACUUGUUAAAAUUCACCAUCCACCACCACCAAGGACUGUAAUUUAGAAACCUGCAACGUAAAAUGACACUUUUCCACUAUGAAAUGUUUUAUAUUUCGUGAAAAGGGGGAUUAUGGAAGGAUGGCAUGUGGAGUCAUAAUUUCAUGAGCCAAAGUCUAUUAAUGUGAUUAAUAUGAAAUAAUAUAACCCAAGGUUCAAAGUGCUUCCAUUUAGGUGAAAUGGGUUUAUGUGCAAAGAUAAAAAUUUUAUGGACCAAAGACACACACCUCACUGACUUUACCCAACAGCCUCUGUCUUCCUUCUUUCCUUAACUGGACUCUUUGAGUCUAUUUUUAAUGAUUAACCUUCAUGUGGAAUCAUCAGCAUUGCCUCUCCUAUUUUCUCUGUAUGCUCAUUAGUGGAAGCUCUGCAGCACUCGGAGCUAAAGCGUCGAAAAUAAUGAGGACUGGCGAAUCAGAAUAACAAGAUGAAGAAACCAAAGGUUUGAGCAUUUAUUA